AUGCUGCGCUCGGAUGACAGCAAUACUAUCAGCAAAUCGGCGGUCAUUUUCCGGUGCAUAGACUAUAUCCUGUGUCUCGAGAAGCACCUGUCGUUCCUCAUGAUUAUGAUGACAUGGCUACUAUUUGUCACUAAAUUGGGUCCAAUGUUCAUGAAAAACCGGAAACCAUUUGUAUUGCGAGAGAUUAUAAUGGUCUAUAACUUGAUACUAGUGCUCACAAACGCUUAUUAUAUCUACGCGUCCCUCAAAUGGUUAGAGUUUGGCCGCAAAUCACUGGACCCCAAAUUACCAGGCUACUGUACCGAUGGCUAUAUUUACUACUGGAUCUACGAGUACUGGGAACAAGGGAUCGAUACACGGACUCGGGGUUAUUUUCUGGUGGACAUGUCACCCCUCACAUUAUGUUGUAUCCUGGCCAUGUAUAUAAUUCAUGUAAAACUUCUCAUACCAUAUCUCAUGAAAAACCGAAAGCCAUUUGACUUAAAAAAGAUUAUCAUCGGAUACGACGUGUUACUGGUAGCUAUUAAUGCUUAUUUUUGGUUUUACUCGUUGGCACACAUCACCGAUAUGUGGGACUUUAAAAAAGAACUCGCAUCGCACGUGGGUUGGCUACUGUGUCGCAAGCACCCGGAGGUACUCGAAAAGGGCAAAACCAUCGACAUGAGCGACCUGGACAGGGAUCCGCUUAUUAAAUUUCAGCGCCGUUUCUACAUACCAUUGGUGGCACUCAUUUGGGGCGCAUUCCCCACAUACGUGCCCUACUAUUUGUGGGGCGAAAGUCUGUGGAACUCCUAUUUCCUAUGCGUUAUGUUUAGGUACGCGCUCAUCCUGAACAUCACAUGGUGUGUGAAUAGUGCGGCUCAUUUAUGGGGCAAAAAGCCGUACGAUAAGUCAAUAAAUCCAGUCGAGUGUGUGAUUCGUCACGUAAUGUUUGGCGAGGGAUUUCAUAACUAUCACCAUACAUUCCCUUGGGAUUAUUCAGCUAGUGAGCUUGGUGCGUUUGACGUGUUUAACCCUGCUACCAUGUUCAUCGACUUCUGGGCCUACUUUGGACAGGCGUAUGAUUUGAGAAAAGCGUCUGACGAUGUGGUUAAGAGCCGACAGAAACGUAGCGGUGAUAUGAAUUGGAAAGGGAGCACAAAGGUCUUUGAAAUCGCCACAUGCCUGGCCACUAUCGGUCUAAUGACCCAGUCUACAGCCACUGAGACCGAAACCGGUAAUAAUAAUAAUGAAAUUGGUUUCCAAAACGGCACAGAAAUCGAUGCCAAACCAAAACCCGAAUACAAACUUGAAUUGGUCUGGCGCAAUAUAAUACUGAUGACUAUAGUACAUUUAUCAGCUAUUUAUGGUUUAUACCGGGGUGUUUUCUACGCCAAACCGAUGACCAUUUACUUCAUGUAUCUGUUGGGUCUCCUUUCAUCAUUUGGUGUUCAGUGUGGGGCGCAUAGGUUGUGGUGCCACCGGACCUAUAAGGCCAAACUGCCCCUUCAGAUACUGUUGGCAUUCAUGCAUAUACUGGCCCUCGAGAACGACAUUUACGAGUGGAGUCGCGACCAUCGCGUGCACCACAAGUACUCCGAGACGGACGCCGACCCUCACAACGCCAAAAGGGGUUUCUUUUUCGCGCACGUGGGUUGGCUACUGUGCCGCAAGCACCCGGAGGUACUCGAAAAGGGCAAAACCAUAGACAUGAGCGACCUGGACAAGGAUCCGCUUAUUAAAUUUCAGCGCCGUUUCUACAUACCAUUGGUC